AUGUCGGAAGAAAAGAAACCCGUGGAGCCAGCUAGCAAUACUGCUAAGCCAGCCAGCGAGGCAGCAAAGCCAACAAAGGAGGCAGCAAAGCCAACAAAGGAGGCAGCAAAGCCAACAAAGGAGGCAGCAAAGCCAGCAAAAAAGAGCUGGUCCAACCCUGCUCUUAGAGCCAUGGGAAUUCCAAAAAUCUCACUUCCGUCCAGAAACUGGAUGAUUUUCUGGUCAGUUCUAGCCACUAUCGGUGGAGGCAUUUACUACGAUAGACACCAGCAGAAAAAAAUCAGAGAGAAGUACACGGAACAGGUCAAAGUUUUGGGAGAAGAGGUAUAUACUUCUAAUCGCAUUCCUAGAAAAGUUACUGUCUUUAUUGCCCCUCCACCCGAUGCCUUUCUUGAGGAGUCAUUGAAGCAUUUCCGUCGCUACGUCAAGCCACUUUUGAAUGCUGCAGCCAUCGACUUCGAUGUUUAUACUGAGGGAAGACAAGGAGAGAUUCGUUCGCAGAUUGCAGACAGAAUCAGAGAGAUUAGAAGAAAAGCUCUUGAGGAUCACAAGAAGAAGGAAGAAGACGCCCGUGCCGAAGCAUACUCCAAAUCAUGGACGAAGUUCUUCAAAGAAGACGUGCCUAACGUGUUCAAGAGGGCAAAGGAAGAGGAGCCAGAGGUGCUUGUGGAUAGACAUGACUUAUAUUCCCCAACCAACGUCCUUGGACUUUACAAGAUUUUUGAGCCGUUGCAGCCAAUAAGAGAUGACGAGACUGAUGUAGAGACGGUUGGUGGAAUCAUUUGUAUUGGAAGGGGUGCAUACAAGGAGUACGUCAGUGGUGUCCAAGAGGGUCUUUUAGGUCCAUUGGAUAAGCCAGAGGAGAAGAUAGAGGAAGUCAAAAUUGAGUCUGUUGAAGGUUCUGAGGAAUCCUCUGAAACUAAGCAAGAAGUCGAGAUCGACGAUUUUGGACUGAAGGACGAAGGCGAUAAACCAAAGCAGGAUCCUGUUCCCCAGCCAUACAUCAAACAGAAAGAUUAUCAGUCCGCCGUAUUGGCUCCCGAACUCGAUAUGUCCACUGUUAUCAGAGAUAGCAACAACGUUCCUGUGAUGUUUGAGCAACCAUUAUAUGUUUACCCAAUUCCUAAGUUAGUUGGAAUUUCAAACUGGCCCAGAAAGAUAUACAGAUUCUUCACCAGAAGAGACAUUGCUGAGGAUGUGACCUCCGAAACAUUGGCUAUUGUUUACGGCAAAAGCCGACCAUUUGAAUACAAGGACAAUUUCCUCGCUAAGGAAGAGGAGUUGAAUUGGCCAAAAAAAUGGGUUGAAAGAGGCAGAAAGAAGGAAAGUGAAUGGGUUCAAGAAGUUGAAAUUGAUAACAGAAUCGCUGACCGCCUUCGUGUGUUUGAACAAACUAAAUAA